AUAUAGGCUGGUGCGUUGGGCACUGCAUGCAACAGAAUCAAGAAUUGUUCUGCAAGUUGAGGGAAAGUCAACUUACUGCGUUUUGCAUAGAGAUUCAAAGAGAUAUAUAUUUAUUUAUUUUUUUUGCUGGGUGAUUAUCACUGAAGGGGACCAUGGUUAUGUUGAAGAUCUCCGCUUUCCUCGUUGCCUACGCCCUGGUCAUUUGCCAGAUGUACUGCUCACAAGCCGCCCCCGCCAGACCGGGAUUAGAGUCCAUGUCAGACCGAGUCACGCUCACGGACUACGAGGCGCGAAGGUUACUCAACGCCAUCGUCAAGGAGUUUGUGCAGAUGACGGCAGAGGAGCUGGAGCAGCAAGCGACUGAAGGAAACAGCAGCGUUACAGCACAGAAGCGAGCCUGCAACACGGCAACCUGCGUGACUCACCGCCUGGCAGACUUCCUCAGCCGGUCGGGGGGAAUGGGCAACAGCAACUUUGUCCCCACCAACGUCGGAGCCAAGGCUUUCGGCAGGCGGAGGAGAAGCAUCCAGAUGUGAGCACCCCAACACCUUCAGGGACACGAGGUUGAAACCUGUCAAGAAAAAAACCUGAGAACAAAAAUCAACUAGGACAAAAUUGAGCAGAACAUAAACACAGAAAUGGCCCUUUAUCCACUCUUUCAUAUUCUUACGGGGAAAAAAAUAAUAAAAAAAAUAAAUAAAUAAAAUAAAUAUCGCCACAGGACAUCUUGUCCCGUCCAUUUUCAUCCUGUUAGUGAAACUUUUUGCUUUUAGCAAAUAAGAGGAAAAAAAAAGAAGAAAAAAAAAGCACUUUAUGUACAUGUACAAAUGAACUCCCGAAGAAAGAAAAAAUACGUCCCAAUGGUUCCUCUUUUUUAUACAUGAGUAUCAUUGGAAAAUAAAUUGAAAGCAGCAGUGGUUAUCAACUUAUUUUUUUUCCCAACCCCUUCACCUCGUUAGAGCACAUUUCUCCCAUCAUGCCUCCUCUCCCUCUCCCCUCAUGCCCAUUUUCAGAUCUGUACCUCUGCAUUUCCCAUAAUUCCCUUAUCCUCCUGAGGGUACCCUGUUUUCCUGUGUGCCAGAGGGAUGCCAUUAAAGAUCAGCCUACCCAAGGCCCCCCCACAACGGCUGUUGUCUUGUGCCUUGAUGUAGAACAAUUUACAUGAACAUGAUUGUACAGUUCUGUUAACGAAGACCCGAGCGAGGAUGAAGAGAAUGAAGACAGAUUAAUAUUGUAAACGAUAUUGUGAAAACAAAUUUCAGCAAGAUUAAAAUGUAUUUUAGAUACACUCGGGCUUGGGGUACGUGUGUUGUUCUUCAAGGGUUUUUAAACAGAUACAGAAAGACAUUGCACGACUGAGAGGAUGGGUAUACCAUGAGAAGCUUAUAUUUGUACUAUUAAUAUUGUCCAUGAAUCAUAAAUGAUAAGAAGCCCACA